AUGGGCGAUUGUCACAUCGGCUGCCGGAGCCUCCCGCCCCGCGGCUGUCCCCCCUCUGUGUUUACCUCCCGCCUCCCCGCCGGCGACCCGACGGUCAACCCGGUUUUCAAGGGAAAAACGCAAAGCGGUGGCGGAACUGCGUCGCGCCGCAGUCGCUUUGCGGGUCUGCCAGCUUUCCGGGAUGCAGCGGCGGCGCAUCCCUACGCGCGUCUCGGCGGAGCCCGGCAGGGUCUUGGCCACAAGCCGAGGCGCUGCCACCGGACAAAGGCGCGAAGGACGAGCCGUGCUCCGUCCGAAAAGUCGCCCCGUUCUUCUUGGCGGCCCAGUAACAGUCAGCCCCUGCCAUACCUUCUACGCACGAGCUUGAAAGCGAAGUGCAGCAUCCGCAGCGUGACUGCAGCGCCCGGUGCCUACCGGUGCACCCAGGACCUGCCUCCCUCUUCCACCCCGCGCCGGGACGAGGUGCCACUGACCCUUCAUAGCUCCUCGCUGCGGCCACUCGCUAUUUUAACACCCGCAGCAAAGCACGUGCAAGCCCGGAGCCCGAGGGCAGCCGGCGGACUCCCCGAACGCUUCCUUCGGGAAGCGAAUCGGAAUAACAGACUGCCCCCAGUGAUCAGCUCCAAAGGAGGCUUGUCGGGGGUAGCGGGGCCCGCUUGGCUGCUGUCUCUAGAGGGACAGGGAGUGCAAAGCAGCCUCCCCAGCUCCUGUCCUCACAGCAGCAGCAGCGCACUCCCACGCCAGUCUGGUGCUGCCAGCCUCGAGCGUGGGGGAUGCCCUGACACCGAGUCCUUUGACGCCCUGCGUUAUCGCCCUCGCUCCCUUCUUCUGCAGCACCGAGAGCCCGUGCAGGGUGCAGUUCACACCGUCGAGGGACAGCGAAUCCCUCACCACAUCCCCGCUCCUCGGCCCACUGCAGUGCCCGCGGCUCUAACGAGGACGCGAGCCUCCCCAGGGCUGAGACAGGGGGGAGGCCGGUGGCUUUGCCCGGCAGGCGGGGGGAAGCGGGCGGGAAGGCGCCGGGCGGCGCGAGGCGGCGGCACCCGACCGCCACCGUCGCCGAAGAUUCUGGACCGCCCCCGCCGAGGCCGGGGUGGGGGGCGGGAGUGGAAGCCGGGAAGGGGCGGGGACCGGCGAGGGCACGCGCAGGAGAUGCAGGAGCCGAAAAUUUUCCAUCACUGCAGUCGUCCCCCCGCCCCCAUCCGGCGCGGUACGUCACGCGCCCCCCGCAGCGCGGCGGGGCGGGAGCGGCGGCGGGAGCGGCAGCGGGAUGCGCUGCGGCGCCUUCCGCGCAGCCCCGGGGCGCGCAGGGGCGGCGGCGGCGGCGCACCUGCUUCCGCGGGAGCGGCGAUUGAAAUGACCCCGGAGCUCGGCUUCGGGCGUUCUGGGCUGGGACCGGCUCCUGCCCUGCGCACCUGCCGGAGCGGCGCCCGCCUGCGCCCCGUGUGCGGGCGCGGCGGAGCGCCACUCGGGGUGCUGUGGGGUGGCGGGUGGUGAUGCCGCCCCAGGAGUGCCCGUCCACGGCGUGUUCGGUCCUCGGAAAGCCCGAUUGCGCAACGGGCAGUUUGCAAAGGCUUCGGCAACCUGACGGGUUAAAUCCAAAGGCUGCAUCGCUCGCCUUCACAGCGCAAUCACAGCGAUAUGUAAAUAAGCGCUACUGCGGGCAACGCAGGGCACGCUCUUUUUCAAUGGGAAUGGUGAAUGCCUGGUGCCUUUUUCAGUCAAUGCCGUUCUACGGUUGUCAGCAGUUCUGUGAAAUUACAGUGUACAUGAUAGAGGUCAAGGUGACCUGUUUGUUGUGGGUUUUGCCAGUGUAGCAACAGACGUAAUGACGUAUUCGUAACGUUUUCAGGACUGUAUCAUCCAUUUCAAGGCAGGCGCACAGAUUCGGUGCAUGGUAAAGUGUCCCACAUGCGCCAGAUAAAUACAGCAACCAUCUUUAUAAAUGUGAUCUGGUUGUCGUGGAAGUACAGCUUUUAAAGAAGUUUAAAUCAGAUUUUUAGCAAAAUAAAAGUUUUACUCUACAAGUGCUUGAUUAUUUAUUUUCUAGAACUGUCCUAAUGUUAUAUGGAAAAGGUUGAAGAGGCUUUGUUGCUCAUUUACAAAAGAAAGAUUUGUAAAAUGCACCCAGGAAGAAAAAUUGCUGUAUUUCUAAUGGCCCCAUUAUUGGAACUGCAACAUGUGAGUGCAAUCUGUACUGCUCCAGAAUAUUCAGUCUUUUAAAUUUUACCCAUGCAGUCUGUUUGCUGGUUCAAAUGAUCUGCUUUUUUCAAGUGGUUUUAAGUAAUGCCUCACUGAUUGAAUUAUAAUUUUCCUGACUUUGUAAUUGCCAAGAAUGUCCUUGGCAAAACAUACAUACAAUGUGUUUCAUCCAAUUUUGAAAUGUAUUUUGUAAUCGGAAUAAUAAAAGUUAA